AUGAUUUAUGAUUUCCAAGAACCUUCGGCUUCUGCUUCUCUCCUUGAGCUUCUGUUUGUUGUACGGUUUUGUAAAGCGAAAUUAAAAUACAGUGGCGUUUCUUGUUGAGCUUUCCUACUUUGUACGGACACUCGUCACUGCAACUCGUAAUAUGUGACAUUGGGAAAGAGCACUCAGCACUAGAAACCAAACCACUACACCCCAGAAACGAUGAAAAAAUCCGAGAAGAAUGUGACAAGAAUCACUGACCGGUCGUAGGGAGAAGCG